UCCCCAGUGAAGGGGAGGCAACACCAAGGCCAGGGGCUGGGUGCUGAUAGUUGGCUUGAAGAAGGUACAAGGCAGAGGUGCAAGGUGUCACACGCUGGUGGCUGGGAGCUGCUGCCAUGUCUGCCCCGGUGGCAGAUCCUCCUGCCCUGGAGAGGAACCCCGAGGAGGAGCAGCGCAGCCUCCAGGACCUGGGGCACAUCCUUGCUCAGCUGUCUGCAGCCCUGGAGAGCCCAGACAUCAAAGUUUUGAAGUGGUCUGAGGAUGGGCGGAAUGUUCUUGUCCAUGCUGAGCUGUACAAGGAGGAGAUGGAAAAGAACAAGCAGCUCUUCCCAAAGCUGGCAGAUCUCAGCGAUGUGGCAGAGCUGAAGGCCUGGCUGCUAGCCUAUGGCUUCAAACUCAAGAGGGCAAAGCUUAACUCGCAAGUGCUCCUGUUGCAGCACCCUGAUUUCCAGAGGGCACAUUCCACUGUCAAAGAGACAGGUGCCCUCUCUGCUGACCUCUCUGCCAAACACCAGAAGAAAAAGAGGCAAGAGAGCCACCUGCUCCCACUCGGUGGUGCCACAUCUGAUGACAAGCUGGGAAAAAGGCCGCGCCUGCGCAACUUGUACCAGUACAUCGACCAGGGCAUGCCAGAGCUGAGUGACUUGUCAGCAGCAGAGGAAGCUCCAGCACUGCCACAGCAGAGCCAGGACCCUGCAGCCCCUGGGAGCGCAGCAGCUCAGCAGAUGGAGGAUACUGGGGCCAGCAGUGCUCCAGAGAUCCCAGUGCUGGGAAGCAGGUGACAAUUCCAUGGAGCUGGAUGUUGACAGGGUGUUCAGAUGUCCAGCUCAGCUUUCUGCCUCCUGUUUGGUAACUACAGCCUGAUCUGCAUUGGGGGUUUUUUGGAUUUUGGUUUGCUGGCUUGUAGCUGUUUUUUGUUGUUUUUUUUUUUC